UUUCCUGGUAAACAGAAACCUAACAGAGACCGAGUCAAGUCUUUAGACACAGAGCAGCUCACAAAGAAUCACCAUGAAGCUUCAUCAGUCAGACAGAAAAAUGACGUCCAUUCUCAUCUACAUCUGUCUACUUGCACUUGUGCUGAGCUGUGAAUCGGCUUACCCAAAGCUGAAAUCUCUGAAUGACCUGAAGAAAUUAGAUUUUGGACGAUCUGUGCCCAAACACAGUCUCCUGCUGCUACACUGGUUUGCAAACAUUAUUGACAUAGACAAUAAUGAUGUUUUACUUUUAACAUUUGACCCAGAUAAAGAGGAUUUUGGUUCUCAUCACUAUGGCAACUAUGAAGACAUGCUGGACCCCCUGCCCCGGGGAUAUCGGUACUACACUGUGGGCAAUCUACAUGAAGACACAUCCCGUAGCCUUCCAACAUAUGUUCUUCAGCCCCCGGUCAGAGAGUACGUUGGAAACAACAUGGACCGCAUCAUUUUUAGAGUUCAGGAAAGAAGCUCCAGGCCUUCCAGGAUCGACCGAGUAUAUCUCACACAACAUUACAGACAACAUGAACAUCAGGGCACAAGGUACAACCCAGAGCUCACCUACCACAUCUCCACCACCCUGCUGCACGAGAUGAGACUGUUUUCAGUGGAGCACAAUCCCAGGACUCUGAGGGAGCUCAGAGACAUGUUUGACAGUGACGCUCAAGACUCACAGUUGUGGGACCUAAAGAACAUUUGGGGUAACUCGUUGGCUUGUCUUGGUCUUCUCCUGUUUAUUGUGAUAGAGGAAAAACACUCUAAAAAGAGACCAACCACAAACCGUCCACAGAGUACAGCCAGGAGAAACACACAGGCAGAUUAUGUGGUUGACAUACCAGAUGAGAUUAAUUAUUUGAUGUACAAUAAUCAUUCAGAGCAGAGGAAUCAGGUGCUCCUUGACGUAGUAACAGGGAAAAAUGGAAAAGCCACAAUUGUUUGGAGAAAUGUUUCUGGACCACGGCUGAAGGAGGGCGUUGCUGUAGUGCUUUUUAAGCAUGAGAAAGACCAGGAGGCCAGUAGCACAUACAAACUUAUCAAGCAUAGCGAGGGGAGUUAUGACACCUCUGUGCCACUCAAUGAGGGGCUACAGGUCCGGCUGCACAGAGCAGAGAGACAGUGUUUGUUCUGGACUAAAGUACGAGAAGAAAUUUGUAGAGGACCAGCAUUUAAAAGUCCAGAUCUAGUUGUGAUCGCAGGCUAUGAUGCUUACCUAAAGCUCUUUGUAAAGGAUGGUAAAGCUUGUGCCCGACUAUUUGUGAAGAAGUCAUUCAGACGGUGGAGAUCUGAAUUUGAAAAGUCCUGGGUUGGGUUUUAUGAUUCUGAAUACAGAGACACAGCAGAGUACAAAUGGUGGAAAUGGCAAUGGGUGACAAACUUCACACAAGGCCCAGACUCAGGAGACUACAACACUUAUGAGUAUUAUUCCAGUAUGAUAGUAGCUCCAGGUGUUCAAGCACGAUUCAUCCUCAGGGAUUACAGGGCAAUAGCAUGUACUCCAGCCUGGUGUUGAUUGAACUACUGGGAAAUAAACAGCAUUGAGGCAGGACAAUAAUGUAAAUUAAAAUUUGUUUUUAAGGCCAGGUAAUAUUUUUAAAUGCAUAUGAAAAAUGUGUUACUUGUGUGUAAACUAUCUAUGAAAAAAAUACAGUGUUGUGUAGUGUGUUGGUUUAAAAUAAUGUAAUUAAUUGUAAAUAGAAAAUUUAAAAAAGUUGAUCUUUCUCUUACAGAACAAAAUGACUUUUGAGUUGAUUUCCAGCUGAAGUUGGGAAUGGUUUUGAUACAUAUGAAAGUCAUCAGUGGGAACAUCUCCUUCCCUUAUGACAUGCACAAACUUAUCACGCCAAGUUCAAUGAAAAGGGCUUUCAGUGGGCUUCAAAGGAAUGAGCAUUUUUAAUGUGUUCAAACUAAGACAGUAAACUGCACGUAGCACAAGACCAUAUUAUAUGUGUCAGUCCUAAGAGUCAAAAACUAGAUGGCUUGUUUUAAGCAGGAAUAUAAGUACAAUUGCUAAUUAAAUAAUAAACAACUAAACAAAAACCCCAGACAAAGAA